AUGAACAAGAAGAGUAAUCAAAGCUCCGACAGAGAAGAAAAUCACUCAAAGAAAGAAAAUCCUAUCUCAACCCUCGAUUCAAGAUUCAACCAAACCCUCAGAAAUGUUCAAGGGUUGCUCAAAGGUCGUAGUAUGCCUGGUAAAGUAUUACUAACCAGGAGAUCAAACAUGCUAGAUCAUUCAAAAUUACAAGAACCCUCUCUCAAUUAUGGAAGGAGCUUCUCAUUCAAUGAUGCUGAUACAAGUGAUCACAUAGCCAAGGCGUUAGAGGAAGAAGUUGAAAGCCUAAGCAAUCCCAACAAUAAUGCAAAUUCAAAUAAGUUAAAAUCAUCAACUUCGAAUGUUGAGAAUCUUUCCAAAGGAGCUCAAAAAUCCGUCAUGGGAGCUAGAGCUACGGAUUCUACAAGAGUUAUGAAGUUCACAAAGGUCCUUUCAGGGACAACAGUCAUCUUAGAGAAGUUGCAUGAGUUGGCUUGGAGUGGGGGUACCACCAUAUAUGCGGCCAGAUGUAUGGAGGCUUCUUUUGAUAGAAGGGAGGGAGUUCUAAGAAGGAAACGCCUUGAGUAUCUUGACUGUGCUUCUCAGUACUAUGACAUUCCGGAUACUGAGCGGUCAGAAGAUGAGAUAAAUAUGCUUCGCCAGAUUGCUGUUGAUUGCCCAAGAACUGUGCCAGAUGUAUCUUUCUUUCAGCAAGAGCAAGUCCAAAAAUCCUUGGAGCGCAUCCUUUACACAUGGGCCAUUCGACAUCCUGCAAGUGGAUAUGUUCAGGGAAUAAAUGAUCUUGUUACUCCCUUUCUAGUUGUUUUCUUGUCCGAAUACUUAGAUGGGAGUGUGGAUAAUUGGUUGAUCUCCGAUUUGUCUCCUGAUAAAAUAUCUAAUAUAGAGGCUGAUUGCUAUUGGUGCCUAUCAAAUUUACUAGAAGGUAUGCAAGACCAUUACACUUUUGCUCAGCCGGGAAUCCAGAGGCUUGUGUUUAAGCUAAAGGAAGUGGUCAGGCGGAUUGAUGAACCUGUAUCCAGACACGUGGAGGAGCAAGGGCUGGAAUUUCUUCAAUUUGCUUUCCGGUGGUUCAACUGUCUUUUAAUACGCGAGAUUCCUUUCCAUCUCAUUUCUCGUCUGUGGGAUACCUAUCUUGCCGAAGGAGAUGCAUUGCCAGAUUUCCUUGUGUAUAUAUUUGCCAGUUUUCUUUUAACGUGGUCAGAUGAGCUUCUGAAGCUUGAUUUCCAAGAGUUGGUUAUGUUUCUUCAACACCUUCCCACUAAUAACUGGACUCACCAAGAGCUGGAGAUGGUGCUUUCAAGAGCUUUCAUGUGGCACAGUAUGUUCAAAAGCUCUCCUAGACAUUUGGCCAGCUAA